AUGGUCGUCAAGAAUACCCAAGCUGUCGCAAAGGCCACCGCGCCCCGUCUGCCACCCCUCCACAAGCUGCGCGUCCGUAAGCCCGACCAGGCUGGUGCAAAUCCUUGCAUCGGUGUCAUGUCCUCAGUCCUCGGAUGCUGGGCUUCGUCUGGGUACACAGCUCAAGGAUGUGCCGCUCUUGAGCAACAGCUACGCGCAUGCAUGGACGCCCCCAAAGCCGGACAAACCAAGAAGAGUUCCAUCAACUACCAUCUCUCGAGACUCUACCCGCAAAUCAUCGGCCCACACAAGCGAAAGUAG